AAAUAUUAAUGCCACCUGCUGGAUGUUCAGGUUCCUACAGCUUUGGGUUACCUUUCCUGUUAGGCAGGAAGUUGUCAUAAGCCAGGAAGCCCAGCUCAGGGACAGUACCGCAUGGUGUACACUGUAAUUCUAGUGUGUAAUUUCUGCCAUUCCACCGCACCAGUUUGUUAGACGCAUUGUCUUUUUACAGUUGAAUACAGUAAAGAAUCAACGACAUCUCGUGUCUACGGGUCUUUAUUGGAUUAAUUGUUUAACUUGCUAGAUAGCUGGAUAGGGACAUCCAGCGAGUCCAGUAUAGUAAAAAGACAGCACCACAACAAGCUGUACUACAGGGUGGCCCACAUCAUCACAUUGCCCGUCCACACCUCGACGCCAUGGCAACAAGCAACCAAGACAACGCUUCACAGAAUGAAGCCAAGUCCCUCAGCGUUCGUUCGUACUGCUCUGCAGCCAGUUCCAGUGCCAGCAUGGCCGCCCUUAAAGCACGGGCUAAAGCAAAAGCAGCUGAAGCUAGAGCAGCAUUCGCUCAGAGAGAGAUAGAUAUCAAGGUCGAGGCUGCACGUAUUCAGGUCGAGGCUGUGCGGAUGCAGGCGACCUUAGAGGCCUUGCAGCAAGAAAAAGAGAUGGCAGCAGCCAUUGCAGAGGCCGACACCAUAGAAGCAGGUUUAAUCGCAGAACAAGGGUCACGUGAUAGAUCACCGAGCCCUGCUCGCCCUCAAAACCAGCACGAGCGUACUCUGGACUACGUCAUAGAGCAAGCCAGCAUAAAGUCAAGCCAACAUGUCACUGAUUAUGAUUUCGAGAGUGGUAGCAUAGUAUUUUGCCCAUUGCCGCCCAUUCACCAGACCAAAUCUAAUCUGGCCAGUUCAUUUCAUAGUCAUCACAAUCCCAGUAAUGUGCAAGGAAACGUGGAGCAUAAAUUGGAGGAUAGAAAGCCAACGGCAACCUUUCUGCACAGCGGCUCUAACAACUCUCCUCAAGCCACCAACGAUAUCAAUCCCACCACCAUGGACCUCGCCAAAUACCUCGCUCGCAGCCAGCUUGUUACAACAGGAUUGACGGCCUUUAACGACAAGCCUGAGAAUUACUGGGCUUGGAGAUCCUCCUUCCAAAACGCCAUAGAAGGCCUGGGCCUUUCACCCGGAGAGGAGCUCGAUCUUUUGGUAAAAUGGCUUGGGAAAGAAUCCUCGGAGCAGGCAACAAGAAUUAAGGCUGUCAACAUGAGGAAUCCUAAAGCAGGUUUGAAGAUGGCUUGGCAGAGGCUCGAAGAAACUUAUGGUUCACCCGAGUCUAUCGAGCAUGCCCUCUUUACCAAGCUCGAGAACUUUCCCAGGAUCACCAUCAAGGAGCCAUACAAGCUACGCGAGCUCGGGGACCUUAUGUCAGAAAUCGAAGCGGCAAAGGCCGAUGGGUAUCUACCUGGGUUGUCUUACCUUGAUACCUCCAGGGGAGUUGCACCGAUUGUUGAGAAGCUUCCUUAUAACAUCCAGGAAAAGUGGACUGAAUUUGGAUCCAAUUAUAAACGCCGCCACCGCAUCUCUUUCCCCCCAUUUAAAGUGUUUGCCAACUUUAUCCGUGCGGAGGCAAAAACCAGAACGGAUCCCAGCUUCAAUCUUUGCCUCUCUCGUCCAGCAAUCGUCCAGAGGGAUAACAUAGAGAGACAUGGUAAAACUCUCGUCUCCGUCCACAGGACACAAGCAUCUCCAACAAUUCCUGAGACACAGAAAUCCAGUGACCCAUCAAAGCAGUGUCCCAUUCAUGCCAAGAUCCAUCCAUUAAAGAAGUGCAGAGCCUUCAGAGAAAAGAGCCUGGAAGACCGCAAACACUUCCUUAAGGAACAUUCCAUUUGUUUCCGCUGCUGCUCCUCCACAAGUCAUUUCGCCAAGAACUGCACAGCAGAAGUGAAAUGUACCGAGUGCAACAGUGACAGACACCUCUCCGCUCUACAUCCAGGCCCAGCCCCCUGAAAGUCCGAGCCAUCUCCCCCCGCAU